AUGCGCAAGCCUUCGCUCGCUCAGACUGUGCACGACACGCUCUUCCCUCGCGCGCGCUCCAGUGACCCGGUGUCAUUUGCUGCCCAUAUCACUCGCAAUCUCGUUCCGGAGGUACGAAUCGAAACAAAUGCCUUCUAUGGCCCACUCGACUGCAUCGAAGCCCAGUACCCCGGCCUGGAUUAUGCCUACCAACCGCACCGCGUGAGGCUGGGCCGUUUCCAGUGGCACCGCCGCCUCUUCCGCGCAUUCGAUGAGCUCAGACUAACGGAAGAUGAAAUCUCGGAGCUCUGCUGCUGGGAAGGCACGAAGUCUGCGCGCCGGCGCUAUGAGUUGGAAGAAGGCAUCACGGUGCGGGACACAACCGGCGACGACAUCCGCAUUGCGACACCACCACCUCUGCCCUCUGUGACCAUUCAUCCCGACUUCUUCACCUUGACAGAGAGCUGGGAAGAGGAAGACUACGACAUGGCUGCUGAGACCCGGAGUGAUGACACUGUCCGCGCGAGCGGUUCACGUAGCUCUAGUGUUCUGUCCGAUUUCCGCUCCCCCUUGGGCGACGAUGAGUACAGCGACGAGGAGGUGGAGAGCUGCGGCGUGGCCCUCAACCAUCGGCUACUGGCUGCAACGGCUGCACGCGCCCAGGGUGCCGACGUGCCUCUCGACGAGGACUACGAACAGUGGUUGAAGGAGGCCAACGAGCGCGGUGGCUACAACUGGAUGGUUGAGGCGAUUCGCGCAAACCAGCCAUUGGGAUUCCCCGAGGCGACGGUCUCAUCCCCUCCAAGUCCAAUCACUGACGCUUUUGGCGCGCGAACCCGCUCAAUGCAAGUAGAGGUCAUCCGGACACAUGAAAUCUCUCGGGCUAGGAAUACUGCCUACUAUCCGGACCCUCCAGACACCACCGAAUACUUAGUGGCCCCUCGUCACUAUCUGAACUGGGGCGAGCUUCUCUCGGAGGAUGAUUUGGACCACGUCUUCACCCCUCCACCUCAGGCCCCCCGCACUUCCAAUACAGCACGCUGA